CAAAUCAACCGCCCAGUUUCGUCGCGGAAUGCAACGCUAAUGCUUAUGCCUAGAGUUAGCAUCGAGGACCGAAUGCCAGAGCCGAAUAUCGCGCAUGCGGCGCAGGGUACCCCCUACCGCUCGCGCCCGCUUUUCCGCGCUCCUUCCGCCCAAUUACUGCGCGCCACCCAGAUUGAACCGCCAGAGUAGCCUCCGCGAUUCAGGCUGCUACGAUUCCACAAACCACACAAGCCAUUUUUCAGGACACGCUCGCCAUGCCUCGACUCUGAGUCGCCUCAAACAAGCUUCGAAUGCCGAUCGGGCCUGUCAACGGCGCAGUAGAUGUCCAUUCAAAGCAGUUCAGGCUAAUCUCACCGAGUUUCAACCCUAGACUGACCAGUGCACAUACCGCCGAUACAUGUCUCUGCGCAAACGUCACUCUUUAGCGUACGUUUACAGCAUCCCAACUGCCUUCCCCCCACCGGCCCAAAUACUUGAGGCAGUUUCGUAGCUUCCAAGCCGCGACUCGGAGAACGGUAGAAUGGUUAACCGCCGAUACUGUCACGCUAGCAGCAGCCAUUCUGGGUGCGAGAGGUUGUUGUUGGGGCGCUCGGCGGCCUUGCUGUGUGCCGUGCUCACGGCUCCGAGCCCAGUCCAGUCGAGACGGGGGAGUGAUAUAAAGCGGGCGAGAGUAAGCCGUGGAAGCCAGAACAGUCUCACCGCUCUAUUUGGUCAUCGCGCUUAGUACUUUCUGCCGCUAGGACAUCCUCUCGCACUAUCUUCCGCGCACUCAGUUUCUUCGGUUCUCUUCCCUUUUUCGUGGGGAAAAUGGCCUUCCGCGCGCGAAAUGCGGUCACCCCGUGGGCAAUGUUCGCCAGUGGCGUCGCAGCGCUGCUCGUCACCUGUCUGCUGAGCGCCAGCGUCGUUACGGCGCAGGUCAAGCGGCCGCAGGUGAUGCCGCCUGACUGGCAGCAGGGGCAGGGGGAGGGGCAGGGGCAGGGGCAGGGGCAGGGGCAGGGGCAGGGGCAGGGGCAGGGGCAGGGCCAGGGCCAGGGGCAGGGGCAGGGGCAGGGGCAGGGGCAGGGGCAGGAGCAGGAGGAGCCGGACUGGAAUGCGCAGAUCAUGCGGGCGCAGGUGGAGCCAGACUGGAUGGAGAUGGGGCAGGUGCGAUUGCCGGCAGUGCUGGGAGGAAGGCCGGACUGGGACGCGCAGAUGGAGUCGAUUCUCCAGCAGGUCUCCCAGCAGACCUUCCUCUCGUCCUUUGCUGAGAUCUUCACCUAUUUCUACCAAUCCGGGCAGCUGUACAUCGACCAGAAUGCGACUCUCCUCAUCCCCACCAACGUGGGCCACUGGAAGUACCUCACGCAGUGGAACACCCUCUCGCCCAAGCAGAAGCGCGUGUUACUGCGUUACCACGUGCUCAAGGGCCGCUACACCACCCAGCAGCUCCUGGACGCUGCCCCUAACACCCUUUUCCGCACAUUCAACCAGAACCUGCCGCUAAACAAGACGCUUAAGCCGCUCGAGGUGUACUUCCAGUCGGUUCCGCCGACGAAGUUUGUGUCGCCGCUGAGCGUGCCAAACGCUGGGCUGACUAACAACCUGGCGGCGCACGGCGUGACGUUUGUUAUCCUGCCGCCCAACCUCAAGAAGCGUUAGUGAGGGGGUCUUUUAGCGGCAACUCUAGAGACUCUCUACAGCACACAUCUGCAUAAGCCUGGGAGAGGCUGGAGUCGCUGAGGCUGGGAUGGGAUGGAUUAGAUUUCAUUCAUACUGCCCAAGGGUGAAAAAAAAAGGGUUACUGGUAAUUAAAAAGUGGGUCAGAACAUAACUUUGAAGAGGAAGUGGAGAGGGUUCCAAUAUGGUAUUGACCUUUCUUGGUUGUGAAUGAACACAUGCAUCGCCAUUUGUAGUACGGUAAACAGGGCUGAUGUUUCAAUAAAAGGCACUCUGAGCUGACCCCCCCAAAAAAAAGAGUCUGAAUGGCCUUCAGCCAGAAUUUAGGGACUCUGAAAUGUCAGAGUCCAGAGAUGUGCAACUCUGAAAUUCUCAGGAUCGCGCAAGUGUACUCAGGGUUACAUUUUAUGUUAUUAAGAAAAGCUAUUGUUGUGU